AUGCGGGCUCGCAACCUGUACGCCGCGGAGGGCCUCCACAGGACGCACUUCGGUCAGCUGCUCGUGGCCUGCCCCGUCAGGCGGAUGUACGCCGACCUCUCCGAGAGCGCAGAGGUGGCGCGGCGUACCCAGGACGUGAGGGCCUUCAACCGAGCAAACCGCUGGCGCAAGCGGGGCCUCGCUCUCGUGCUGAACAAGUUUGGGAUCAGCUUCACGGCGAAGUUCAUGAACCAGGCCGGGGCUCUGGUGCACGUCUACGUCGACGGGACGGUGCUCGUCACGCACGGAGGGACCGAGAUGGGCCAGGGGCUGCACACGAAGAUCUGCCAGGUUGCGGCCAGGGCGCUGGGCGUGCCCGUCGAGGACGUCUACAUCCGGGAGACUUCGACGGACACGGUGCCCAACGCAUCCCCGACGGCGGCUUCGGCGUCUUCGGACCUGUACGGGAUGGCAGUCCUGAACGCAUGCGAGCAGAUCAAGGGUCGUUUGGCUCCGUAUCUUGAGGCGUGCGGAGGCGAUUUCAAGAAGGCCGUGAACGCGGGCUACUUUGAUCGGUGCGAUCUUUCCGCGCACGGUUUCUACGUUACGCCAGGUAUAUGCUACGAUUGGAAUAACCCCAAUUGCAAAGAACGCGGUUCAACACCUUUCCGGUAUUUCACGUAUGGUGCAGCUUGUUCCGAGGUAGAGAUCGACUGUUUGACAGGGGAUAUGCGCGUACUGCGCGCAGACAUCCUCAUGGAUUUGGGAAACAGUCUGAACCCAGCGAUAGACAUUGGACAGAUCGAGGGCGCCUUUGUGCAGGGCAUCGGGUGGACCAUGCUGGAGGAGGUGGUCUGGGGCUGCAACGAGUUCCCUUGGCUUAAGCCUGGUGCCCUCUUCACGCGAGGACCGGGGACAUACAAGAUUCCCUCGUUCAACGACGUGCCCGUAGACAUGCGGGUGACGCUGCUCAAGGACAGCGCGAACCCCACGGCCAUACAUUCGUCCCGCGCGGUGGGCGAGCCGCCUUUCUUUCUGGGCUCCUCGGCCUUCCUGGCCGCGCGCCAGGCGAUCGCCUCUGCGCGCCGCGACAACGGGCAUCCCGACGAGCACUUCACCGUCGAUACCCCGUUGACCCCAGAGCGCAUACGGAUGGCCUGUGGGGACAGGAUCGCGGAGAGCUUCUCGUCCAAGAUGUCGAGGCCGCGGCCCAGCGGAUUCUGGUGA